AUGGAGACGAAGAGCGUACCAAUACUCUUCCUCAAAACCCGCUCUCAGCCCCACGAGCAAUACAAUGAAUACUUCACCUCCAACCCACUGGACGGCGCCGUCUUCGAGCCAGUCUUCAUUCCGGUCCUCAGACAUCACCACGUCAACCUAGACAAUUUGAAAAGCCACCUCGUAACCAAAUUCGACCCCGCAGACCCUAAUUCAUACGGAGGUCUAGUGGUCACGUCCCAGCGCACCGUCGAAGCCCUCUCCAGCAUAAUCCCCACCCUCCCACCGACAGCCCUCCAAAACCUAUUCGCAAACACAAAGGUAUGGGUUGUCGGCCCUACAACGGGCUCAGCGCUCAUCGGACUAGGUUUUACAGCGUCGAACAUCCUAGGCCAGGACUCUGGCAAUGGGGAAGCUCUCGCAGGAUUGAUCCUAGAAUCCUACGGAUCCCGGCCGAAGCCGUUGUUGUUUCUCGCAGGAGAGACGAGAAGGGACAUAAUUCCCAACACACUUUCUACAGCUCCUGAAGAGAGGAAUAUCGUGGUGGAGACGUUGACGGUAUACGAGACUAUUGUGGACGAGGAGUUCGAGACCGAGUUUGAGAAGGCGAUCGGGGAAACAGGAGAUACGGCUACGUGGAUCGUUCUGUUCUCCCCUGCGGGAGCGGAUAUAGCGGUUGAUGUCUUGACGAAGCAUUUCACUUCUCCCUCUAGUGCGCUAUAUCUGGCGGCUAUCGGUCCCACGACAGAGAAGCACCUCGUCGACAAGUUAUCUCGGAAACCGGACGUUGUCGCGGAAAAGCCAACCCCCCAAUGGUUGUGGGAGGGGAUCCGAGCAUUUACCCAGCGGGAUGGGGUCAAGAGGGGUGAUGUAACGGUCAGUGAUGAUUAAGAAAAGAUGCUAUGCAAUCCUAUAUAUAUGUGCUCGCGAUCCCUCUCUGUAAACCAACCUAACGCCCCGAGCACGCAUAAGGUGCAUACACAACCAAACACACGCAAACAGUACUCAAUGGGCCUCAUACAAAACCUCAACAAGAAAUCAGUCAAGCACAGCCCCCCCAUCCCCAUCCUAACCCCCUCCUAGCAAACCCACGGCCUCUCCCCUAGCUCCCGGAUAGAAAACUCCACACGCGCAAGUCUAACAUUGCCGUAAGCCCAUUUACAGCGCUCCGCGCUCAACCCCGCCUUCGUCCUACACCACCCCCUCCCAAGUAAAAAGAGAAAACAGACCUAUCCAAACUCCCUCUUCAUGUACGACACUACAACCCGCGCAUACAGACACUCGAGCAGGGCCGGCCAGCACUAGAAAGGAUACCAGACCGGCCGACUACCCCCGUCCUUGGUAGCCUAGGAGGGGUAGGGAAUAAGUGGGUAUGAUAGUACCGUACUGGC